AUGUCCAUCGCGGAGCCGGCGGCGCCGGCCCCCGCCGAGGUCGAUGACCACCGCGCAGAGCAUGACGACGACGACGUGAUGCCGUACCCGUCCCCGGUCGCGCACGUGGUCCUCGGCGCCGCGGCGCUCGCCCCGUCGGUGCUGCCCAUCCCCGAGUACGUCUCGAUCAUCACGGUCGCGUGUCUGACCGUGUACGUCGGCUGCCUGCGAUCCGUCAAACAGCAGGGACCGGAAGACGUGAUGUCGCACAAGGAGGCCGCGCGGUUCCCCCUCGUGGGCAGCGUGGUGCUGUUGUCCCUCUUCAUCUGCCUCAAGUACGUUCCCAAGGAGCUCAUCAACCUCGUCCUGUCCGUCUACUUCGUCGUCCUAGGCACCAUCGCGCUUACAGGCGCGGCGCUGCCGUUCCUGCGGCCCUUCGCGCCGGGCCUGUACCGCCGGAAGCUCGCCGUGCAGAUCCCCGCGAUCCCGCUCGUGAUGUCGGAGCCCGCCGAGCUCGGCGAGUCCCUGCUCGCCGUCGUCACGGCGGCGCCGAUGCUCCUCUUUUGCGUGUGGUACUUCCGCGAGCGCCACUGGGUCGCGAACAACGCCAUCGGCAUCGCGUUCAGCCUCAUGGGCAUCGAGGAGCUCUCCCUCGGGACCCCCACCGUCGGCGUCGUGCUCCUGGUCGGGCUCUUCUUCUACGACAUCUUCUGGGUCUUCUGCACGCCCGUCAUGGUCAACGUCGCGAAGGGACUCGACGUGCCCAUCAAGCUCCUCUUCCCGCGCCCAGGGGUCGCGGUGGGGGACCCGGCGCGGAUGGCGUUGCUGGGCCUGGGCGACAUCGUGAUCCCGGGCAUGUACGUCGCGCUGAUGUGCCGGUACGACUACAGCCGCGGGUGGCGCACGCGCUACUUUUGGUCGGCGAUGGGCGGGUAUUUCGCGGGGCUGGUGGCGACGAUCGUGGUGAUGAUGGUGUUCCGCGCGGCGCAGCCCGCGCUGCUGUACAUCGUCCCGGGCGUCCUGGGCGCGACCGUCGGGCACGCGCUGCUGCAGGGGGAGCUGAAGGAGCUUAUGAGCUUCAGCGAGGGCGGGGGGCAGGACGCGAAGGGGGACGCGAAGGAGGACGCGGGGGGAGACGGAAAGGAGGCAGAGGCGCCGAAGGAGCCCGUGGAGAAGAAGGAGGACUAG